CUUGAACAUAUUAACACAUUUUUAUAAAUAAAUAAAGCAAACAUCCCUUGUUAGGUAAAGGGUACAAUUUUAUUCUCUACAUAGAUCAGUUAUAGUAUGUAGAUCAUAAUAUAAUCAGUGGCUCAGUGACAUGCAGUGGCAUUUUUCUGAUCAACGAUGUCAUAGCAACAAAACGUUGAACCAAAUGACGUCAAUGGGGGUGUUGUUGUAGUGUGUUUAGGUUUUUGUUUGUGUUCAGCAACCAUAAAAAUAACUGGCAGGCAUCCUGGCUGUUUAUGUAGAUGAAAACAAAAUUGCGAUCACAGAAUACAAACGAGGCUGUCAUUAUUGCUAGUGCAUAGCUUAUAAUUUAGUAAUAUUAUUUAGUCUAUGCAGUUAUAACAGUUAUAUUAAACAACAUUUAUAGAUAGCAUAUAUAUAUGUGCUUCAAAACAUGUGUAGACAGUGUUGAAAAAAAGUACAGGUUGAGCACCCUUUAUUCGAAAUUCCAAAGUUUGACUCGUUCCACAAUCGACACGUUUUUUAAAACGUCAUCAUGACAUCAGGAGUGGGAAAUUUCUGAGUAUUUUUUACAACAAACUGCUAAGUCUCUCUGCAUUUGCCUUUGUCACUCACCAACCUGGGCAGCUCAGGUAAUCUCCACAAUCAGCCAGGUGAUCUCCCCGAAAUCUCCACAAUAUCUUGAUUACCUUUCUGAUGGUUUAGUUUACAUAUCAGGAGUAAAUAUUAUUUGAGAUUAUUUGUCAUAUUAUUUGAGAUUAUUUACUCCUGAUAUUAUCACUAUUUCAUCCACAAAAUGAUGAAGAAUAUUUCAUAGGAAUGCGGCAUUGCCUGCUGGCAUAAGCUGUGUAUGAAAUAAACAUGAAUUUCAUCCAUAAAAUAUUUAAUACAGGUAUUCCUAACGCUGGGAAAUUCCUAAACCAGAGACACGUUCGUAGUUCGUACCCAAGUAUUUCGAAUGCACAAUCCUCAACCUGUAUUUAUUUGGCUCUUCAGUUUCCUCGACCUUCACAUUUUAAACAUUUAAUAGCUGGUUUCAUUUCUCUCUAGACGCAGAGCCGUACGCAAAAUAGUUCAUUCCUCCUGAACUCUAACUGCGACUAUGUUCUUGGACAGUUGCCAUGAUGAGACGAAAAACAAAUCGAUUUGCUGUUUCUAUUUGCCAUUUGAUAUUUGCAGGGACGUAUUCAGUCGCACAUUUCUGACUUGAGAACGUCGCUCCCUCCAUCUACAAGCCAGUAAUCUCCGCUGAGACGUGGUCCAGAACCUGGCAUUCUUGAAUUCGCGACAGUUGAUCUGUCCAUCUGCAUGUAAAUGAACUGAAGCAGCAUGGAGUUCGUAGAACUGAUAAAGACACCUAAGGUGGACGGAGUAGUCCUUAACCGACCGUUCCAGGAACCAGUCGACGGUACCCUGUGUGUCACCGGUCACCACCUUAUCCUGUCUUCCCGCACUGGAAAUCACGAAGAGCUCUGGCUAUUACAUCGGAACAUUGACUGCAUAGAGAAGAGGUUGGAGGCCAAUAGAGGCACAGUGAUAGUGAAGUGCAAGAACUUUCAGGUCCUGCGUCUCGACAUACCUGGUCAGGAUGAGACGUUCAACAUUGCUGGUUCAAUAGAGGUGCUGUCAAGCCUUGAAGAUGUCAGCCUGUGGUAUCCAUUUUACUUCCGUCCACGGCAGUUCGACAUCAUGGAAGAUGGCUGGCAGGCAUUCCAGGUGGACAGUGAGCUAACACGCCUGAUUUCCCAUGCUGACCAUAGCUGGAGGAUCAGCAGUGUAAACAAGGACUUUAGUGUGUGUCCGACGUACCCAGCAGCCGUGGCCGUACCCAAGUCUGUGUCGGAUGAGCUGCUGCUUGCGUCUGCUGGAUUCAGAGACAGAGGCCGAUUCCCCGUGCUUAGCUAUUACCACAACGAUAACGGGGCGGUGAUAAUGCGCAGCGGUCAGCCACUGGUCGGCACCAGUGGGCGCCGCAGUAAGGAGGAUGAGCAGCUUCUCAACGCGUCGCUGCGAGCCGGCAAGAAGGGCUACAUCAUCGACACACGGAGUCCCAGCGUCGCGCAAAUGGCCAAGAGCAGAGGUGGCGGGUGGGAGCCAGAAGCAAACUACUCGCAGUGGAAGAGAGUGCAUCGCGCAAUGGAGAGACACACCGUGCUGCAAGAGGCGCUCUGCAAGCUUAUCGAAGCGUGCAGUGACUCGCGUGCAAGCACAGACAAGUGGCUGUCACGGCUGGACUCGUCUGGCUGGCUGUCACACAUCAAGGACGUGUUGACCUGUGCCUGCCUCACGGCACAGUGCGUCGACAAGGAAGGUGCAUCCGUGCUAGUUCACGGCACUGAGGGAACCGAAUCUACUCUACAAGUGACGUCUCUAGCUCAGGUUAUACUCGACCCAGACUGCCGCACAGUACGGGGGUUCGAAGCACUUGUGGAGCGUGAGUGGGUGCAGGCGGGCCACCCGUUUAACGAGCGCUGUGGAAAGUCUGCAUUCAGUAACGUACGCAGUCGCUACGAGGCUCCAGUUUUCCUCUUGUUCUUGGACAGCGUGUGGCAGGUGUGCCAGCAGUUCCCAUGUUCAUUUGAGUUCAACACGCAAUUCCUCAUACUACUGUUUGAACAUGCAUACGCAUCUCAGUUCGGGACAUUUCUCUGCAACAGUGAGGCUGAGAAGACAAAGCUGGGAGUUCAUCAAAAGACAGUUUCAUUGUGGUCGUGGCUAAAUAGACCAGAGGUGCUACAGAACUAUCUGAAUCCCAUGUAUGAGCCGAACAAAGCUGUCAUAUGGCCGUCUGUUGCCCCUCAAAGCCUGGAAUUGUGGUCAGAACUGUAUCUGCGUUGGAGUCAGGAUAACAGUACCCAACAGGAGACUAUCAAACACAUACUAAGCAUCAAAGAGCACAACAAGGAACUGCGAACCAAGGUUAUUAGAAUGCGAAGGCAGCUGCUAGACCUUCAGAAGGAAGCGGUGGAUAGAGGCCUGCUGGCAGCAGAUGGCAACAGCAUGGAGGUGGCAUCCGAGGCUUGCACCUCCCCCGUGUCGUAAAUAUGGUGAGGCGAUGAAUAAGUAGAGAUCAGUUGUCCAUCGUUGUCCAUCCAGUGCAACCUCGUAACCUCAAUAUACGUAUACAUUAAGCCUAGCGCAGACUUGCGACUUUUGGUUGCUCGUCGCUGCAACCUGCAACCGCAUGCGAUC